CCCCGGGGGUGCUGACGCCGCGUGUCCCCGCGUGUCCCCGUGUCCCCAGGAUGAGCACGGCCGCCAGCCCCGAGCCCCUGCCCGAGCCCCCCGCCCCGGGGCCGCGCUGUCCCCCCCAGGAGGACGCCGAGUUCCUGCGGGCGCGGAGCGGGGCCGGGGACCUGCGCCAGGACUUCAACCUGAUGGAGCAGAAGAAGCGGGUGACAAUGAUCCUGCAGAGCCCGUCCUUCCGGGAGGAGCUGGAGAGCCUCAUCCAGGAGCAGAUGAAGAAGGGGAACAACUCAUCACACGUGUGGGCGCUGCGGCAGAUCGCCGACUUCAUGGCCACCACGUCCCCUGCCGCCCUGCCCACCUCCCCCAUGGGGCUGGCAUCUGUCACCCCCAUCAAUGACCUGCACGGGACAGAGGGGCCAGCACUGGCCAAGGGCGAGCGGCUGAUGCGCUGCAAGGUGGGCAGCAUCCACCGCCUGCUGGACCUGUACGGCUGGGCACAGCUGGGACACGCCGCUGUCACCCUGCGGGUCAGCAAGGAGCAGGAACACUUCUUGGUGGCCCCACAGGGCCUGGCGUGCAGCGAGGUGACAGCAGCCAGCCUGGUGAAGGUGAACGUGCUGGGGGCCGUGGUGGAGCAGGGCAGCACCGGCUUCGCUCCCGACGCGCGCAGCUUCAGCCUGCACGCCGCCAUCUACGCGGCGCGCCCCGACAUCCGCUGCAUCGUGCGGCUGCACACCCCCGCCGCGGCCGCCCUGUGCCUGUCUGAGCUCAGCCAGAGUGCUCCAGGAGCAUGGCAUGAGCUGUGCCAGGUGUCUGCGGGCGGCGCGGAGACCCUGAUCGUGCUGGGGCGGGCGGCGCAGCGCGGGCCCCACGGGCCGGGCGCCGUGCGCCGCGCCGGGGCCACCUUCGGGCCCCUGCACAAGAGCCGCCUGGGCGAGCACGAGUUCGAGGCACUCAUGAGGAUGCUGGACAACCUGGGUUACCGCACGGGGUACACGUACCGCUACCCCUUCGUGCAGGAGAAGAGCAAGCCCAAGAGUGACGUGCUGAUCCCCGCCACCGUCACGGCCUUCGUCUUCGAGGAGGAGCCCGCCGGGACCCCUGCCCUGCGCCAGCACGCCCAGAAGCAGCAGAAGGAGAAGACCAGGUGGCUCAACACGCCCAACACCUACACCAGGGUCAACCUGGCCGAGGAGCAGCAGGGCAGCGCCAGUGGGCAGAGGACAAAGACCACGUGGCUGCGUGCAGACGAGGUGGAGAAGGGCAGCAGUGGGACCCCCAUCCGCAUCGAGAACCCCAACCAGUUCGUGCCGCUCUACACGGACCCGCAGGAAGUGCUGGAGAUGCGCAACAAGAUCCGCGAGCAGAACCGCCAGGACGUGAAAUCAGCCGGGCCCCAGUCGCAGCUGCUGGCCAGCGUCAUCGCCGAGACCAGCCGCAGCCCCUCCACUGAGAGCCACCUGGGGGACACAGAGGCCAAGGAGGGCGGGGAAGAGGCUCCCCCUGAGCCAGAGCCCCCCAACCCCUUCAGCCAGCUCACGGACCAGGAGCUGGAGGAGUACAAGCAGGAGGUGGAGAGGAAGAAGCGCCUGCAGGGCGAGAAGGACGCGGCCGCAGAGGACAGCGGGGCUCCCCCCCCAGAGCCACCCCCUCCGGAGCCCCCGGCGCCUGCGGAGCCCACGGAGGGUGAUAAGAAGGCCGAUGGUGGCCAAGCCCCCCCUGAUUCCACUGCCAAGAAGGAGCCACCGGCGGUGGUGAACGGGAAGGAUGAAGAGCAAAGCACUGAGGAAAACCUUGGAAAAGGGGGGACAGACCGGACAACCACCAACGCUGACCAGGACGCCCCCAAGGAGAAGGAGACAGUGACCAGCAACCCCGUGUCCCCCGACGGUUCACCCUCCAAAUCACCCUCCAAAAAGAAGAAGAAAUUCCGGACCCCGUCUUUCCUGAAAAAAGGCAAAAAGAAGGAAAAGAUCGAAUCCUGAGCCUCCCGAGGCCUCGCGCGUGGGAUCCCCGGGAUCUCUGAGACCCCUGGAAUCUGGCUGAUUUCCGGGCCCUCCUGGCACAAGGCACCUCGUCCCCCUUGUCACCCGCCUCUGGGGGCGGUCACCGAGCUUAGAGAGACUGUGGUCCCCGUUUGGGGAGACUCCCGCUGCACCUCCCUCCCCCCUCUCCCUCCUGGGCUCCGGCCCCUUCCCACCGCGGGCCGAGGGUUGGAUUUGCUCCACCAGAGCCCAGGUGUGCUUGAUUUGAGGAAGAAAAGGGUGUUUUGUGGUUAUUUUCUUCACCUUCUGUUUCAAGCUCUGCUGGAAUGGCGCUGGCUUCAUCCCCAGGGAAAAGUGUCCAUCGCUUUGCCAGGAGAACGGGAUCGAGCUGAUCACUUUUCCUCAAGGAGGAGCUGAGGUUUUUCCUCCCUGGAUAUUGUAAUCUUCCUCUCCGUGGGCUCAAGAACCACUUCAUCCCCUUCUCCUGGUACUCCCAGCCCGUGUUUUCCCCACGCAAGGAAGAGCAGCAGGAUUUCCCACCGCUGGAAAAGCCCCCACCUCACUGCACGACCCGCACCUGGGAAAAUAGGGAAAAAAAACAAACCCUCCGGGAAUUGUCUGUGUUAUUUAAAACUCAGCAAAACUCACUCACUAAGUGCUACUUCGGGAUGAACACACGCUGCCAGCUCCUGCUGGCCUCUGCUCACGGCCACGCUGGCCCCCCUGCUUUUCCCAGCUCUGGAAUUCCCAGCACAAGUUCCAUCCUUCCUGGCGUUCCCUUCCCUCCCAGCGUUACAACCUCCUGGCCACCCCCGUGCCCGUGUCCCCCACAGCCCUUCCAGCGCUGGGAUUUGGGGAUAAAUCACCGGGAUCAGGCCCCACAUCCUCCCCCUUUCCUGGGGGGCUCGCCCUGAGCCUUGCUGUGUCCAUGGAGCCCUGCCCAGGAGGUCUGGAAUGCCCCAAAAUCCCGUUUGGGGUUCCCCCAGCCCAGCAGGCUUUUCCAUCACUGUGGUUUCAAACCCUUUCACUGCUGUGAGACAACUCGUGGGGGUUGGAGACCCUCUGGAAGAGCAGGAAGCCCAUGGAACAGGGGUUUAGGAAACAGCAGGGAGAGCCCAGGCAGGGAUGUUGCCAGAGCUCCAACCUGAUCCUGGAUUUUGGGAAGAGCCUUUGCCCUGCCCAGUGUCCCCCCAGAGGUCCCCAUCCCGCUCCUGCAGGAUGGGGGGCACCGAGGGGACACUCUGAGCCCCUAAGCCCGGUCACUGGGGGGGCUGUUCCUCACUGCCACUGAUUUUAAGGCUCUUUGAGGCCAUUUUUGUCCCUGGGCCUGUUCCACCUGGGUGAGCCAGGGCAGCAGAGCCUGCAGAGACAGCCGUGUCACCUCCCUGGGGUAGCACUGUCACACCUGGGGGCAAUUCCUGAAUGACAGCACUGCCACACCCCCAGCCCAACCCGGGGGCUCCCCCAGGGGUUUUGUCCCUGAAAGUGUGGCCCCAGGGCCUCUGUCACCCCUUUUCUCCCCAAGGUUCUGUCCCUGGGGCCUUUGUCACCCUUUUUCCAAGGGCCACUGGCUUUGCAGGGAUUGACUUCCCCUUCCAUGAAGUUCCAGGUAGAAAGGGACGAAGGCUCCAGUGCCACCAUCAUCACCACGAUGGAGGGCCACAGAGCCAAGAUCACACCCUGGGACCACCCAUCAGGAAAUUCCCCAGCUCCCCCUCCCCUCACCCCAGCAAGACUCAGGGUGAGGCAAAUCCCUGAUCCUCCACAUCCACACCUCCGCUGGAAAAGAGGCUGAAACCACCUUGGCAGCGGGGAAGGGCGAGUCCAGCCGGGCUCAGCACCUCUCCUCCCACCCACCGGGGCAGGUCCGGCUGGCAGGGCGGGUGCUGGACCCCCGGAGUGGCACCGGGAGGAGCCGGGGUGUGGCACGUCCCCCGCGUGUGACAAUCGGGGCCGGGAGCGCGCGGAACGCCGGUGUAAAUAAACCCCGUGUUUGGCACCCGGCA